UGGCAUUGUUUACUACGGACGCUCGCUUGACCCUUCACCACCAAAACACCUCUCAGCUGAUCGUCCGUCCCUUGUUUUGGUGUUUUCUGUCAUAAUUUCUCGGUGUCUGGCGCUGCCCUGUGUUAAUGGAGGCUGCGGCGGCCGUGGGAAGGCGCUGAGGGGGAGAGAGCAAGGCAAGGAGAAGGAAAGGGAGUGUGAGGACAGGAAGAGGAGGAGGAGGUGGAGAAGGAGGCAGUAGAAGAAGAAGAGGAAGAAAUGAAGCUAAUAAAAGGGAAAAACAGACAUUAGUGUAUGAAGCUCGAGAGGAAAGAAGAAAGAUAAAGAUAGUUUAUAGAAGAAGAAGAAGCACAAUUAAAUAAAAGAGGAACAAAGGAAAGAAGAUAGUGAAAGAAAGAUAGUUUAUAGAAGAAGAAGAAGAAGAAGAAGAAGAAGAUGCACAAUGAAAUAAAAGAGAAACAAAGGAAAGAAGAUAGUAAAAGAAAGAUAGUUUAUAGAAGAAGAAGAAGCAACAAGGUAUAGAAGGAAAGAAGAAAGCAGAAGAUAAAGAUAGUUGUUAGAAGAAGAAGUAGAAGAGAAACAAAGUAAGGAAGCAAAAUAUAUGAAAGGAAAGAAGAUAGUUGAUAAAAGAAGAAGGAAGCAAUAAGAUACAGAAGGAAAGAAGAAAGUAGAAGAUAAAGAUAGUUGUUAGAAGAAGGAGAAGAAGAAGAAGGAAGGAAAAAGAGCGGAAUACACUAAAGGUUUUAACAUGUCAGGAUGAAAAAAUAAGAAGAGAAAAAAAUGAAGAUUACGUUUUAAGAAGAAAGAAAACUAAAAUACUACUACUACUACUACUACUACUACUACUACUACUACUACUACUACAAUUAAUGAAGAUAGCGAUUUAAAAAGAAGAGAAAAAACAGCAAUACCACAACCAACCACAACCACAACCUACCACAACCAACCACAACCUCCCACAACCAUAACCAGCGCAAUGAACAAGGGAGGCGAGAGACCAGCCGAGUCCGAGAGAGAGGGAGAAGCUGAGAGUUGGCAAGAAUGGUCACCCCUCACGCCCCUUCUCGACCAGCUCCCACACCACUUCCAGCGCGGCCUCAGCACCUCCCACCUCCACCUCACGUGUCUAGCGGCCCUCCCCCAGCACCUCCUCCUGGGAACCAACGUGGGGCUGGUCUACCUCGCGCAUCUCCCGUCGUUGAAUCUUAUGAGGCUGAAAUGUGAGAAUGCGGUUGAGGGCAUAUCGUGCGUGGCGGGCGUGAGGACGGUUGAGGACAUGGUUGCGGUGGGGGGGACGGGCGGCACCAUCACCAUCUUCCAGCUGCCCAGGUGUGACGUGACGGCCGCUGGGCUCUCCACUGGGGCUGCAAACAACAACAGUGGGGUCAGCAUCGGCAGCCUUGGUAUCGGUGUCGGCGGCAGUGGUGGGCUGACGCACCCAACCCCACAGCCGCACCCCCCGGUCAAGCGCUUCACCGUCACCACCACACACAACACACGCAUCACCGCACUCACCUGGAGCCUCAACGGACUUCUGCUAUUCUCCGGCGACGAGAGCGGCGCGGUCGGUCUCGUGGAGGUCGACCCCACCCGCUGUGAAUGCACCGCCCGCCCCCUGCACACAGAGCCGUCCCCAAUCACCCAGCUCUCCUACCUACACCAGCGUUUGGCCGUGUGCACCCAUGAGCGCGCUGUCGUGUACGCGCUGAGCGACGGAACGCACAUACAAGUUGGUGUCAAGCCUCGUAAGCACCCGGGGUUGUUUGGGUGUGUGUGGUCACCCUCUGCACCCAAGAAAUCCGGCCUGCUCUUCACAUCACGCCCUGGACUGAGGCUCUGGGCGGCUGAGGGGGGCGGGGAGGUCCUACACACGCAUAUCGUCCGUGACCUUCCCGUCAGUGCGGAGGCCGUGAUUUUGAACCCCAGUACCGAGGCAGCGAGGGAUGGGGAACAGUUCUCCUUUGGCCUCCUGCACGCUCUGGGCCCCCAUGCACUUGUCUCGCACACUCGUCGCUGGCUCGUCGCUUUCCACACCACCCAGCGGCGUAUCCUCACCUACACUGGGCGCUUCCGGGACAUCGCUGGAGUUGCCGUGUGGGAUAAACAGAUCUUCGUGCUCGAGGGCCACCGUACCGUCGUGUGCCUCAGCCCACACCCGCCGGAGUACAUUGGGUCCUGCAGGGUGCCACGCCCCCCGACGCUGGGCCUAUGGGAGCUCAGUCAGUUGGGGAAUAAGAUCGUAACGCAAGGGAGCGGCUUAAUGGACCAUCUUGCGCGCGUCGGGAGUUCAGUGGCGGCGAAGGUUACCGAACAUGCCGGCCCCCCUGUGCUGACCGGCCACAAGGGGGGGGUAGGGACAGGGGGCAAGGGGGCGGAAGGGAAAGGAUAUGAAGGAAAGGAGGGAAAGGAGGGAGGGAAGAAUCAGUUCAGUGGUGAUCCUGUUCCCUCCAUCCUUCAUCCCUCCUCGUCCUCCGCCUCUCCUUCUCGCUCCUCCUCCUCCUCCUCUUUCUCUUCCUCCUCCUCCACGCCACCCUCACCCCAUAGCACCUCCAUGACAGCUACACCCAACGACAGCAACAACAAGAUCGGCAGCGUGGAGGUGGUGGAGGCUGGUGGAGGUGGUGGUGGAGGUCCCGACAGCCUGGAGAACUGUGGCCCUCUGGUGACGAGGGAGAAGACCAAGAGGAAGAGAGGAAGGAAGAAUGCCUCCACGUCAUCCUUAGACACUCCCAGCGACCCCUCCCCCUCCUCCCCCUCCUCACCCCACCCCCCCAGCCUGGCCCCUCCCCCCAGCACAGAGGACAUACACACAAACAUACAGGAGAAGGAGAUCCUGCUGGCGGACAUUCUAGACAUGGACUGCUUGAAGCUUGACCACCCGCCCCCCCCGCCGCAGCCGCCAGACACCUCCGCCGCUUCCCCGUACCCCCCCGAGCCCCCGGAUACGCUGCCAUGGGGGUCGGAAAUGGGGGACAGUGAAACGCAGUGCUCGACCCCAAGUACGAUUAAGGAGACAAGUCCGGCGCCGAAUUCAGCCAGCGGCGAUGAUUUCUAUGCGCGGUUCUACUCCCGGCACUUAAGUUUCAGCUCGGUGGAGAGUGCCGAGGGGCCGCAGUGCCACCCUAGGGAAGAGGAAGAGGAGGAGGACGACAUCGAACGCCUCCCAAGCAACUUCAGCGAGGACCGGUCGAGUUGUCUUAGCUAUGGGCCACCUUCUGGUAGUAGCCUCCCCUCGCACCCCCCUCCUGCCCUUCCCCCACACCCCCCCGUCCCCCCCCUCACCCCACAGCUCCGCCAACGCCAGGUGGUCACGCUUAACGACUCAUCGGACAUCGCGGACAUCACCUGGUCAUACCCACACGAGGAGGAGGAGGAGGACGAGGAGGAGGAGGAGGAGGAAGAGGGGGAGGUGCUUUGUGGUGGGUGGGUUCGACGCAGCUCACCUGGAUGUGCCGUUAGUCUGGCAGCCUCGCACACCUGCCGGGCCUUCGUUAACACCUCCGGGCACCUCUACCUGGCGGGGGGGGGAGCCGGUGACCCCUGGCGGAAGGUGACCUUGACCCGAGCCGCCCAGCAGGUCAGCCUAGCGCCGGGAGGGGGUGUGGGCUGGGUGGUGGUGGAGGGGGGGGAGGGGUAUGCCUUUGUGCCGCCCCCCAUGUCCGCCGGCCCCCACACCCCCACCAAGAUGGCAGCCGUGGCGAGGGAUGUGCGUCAGGCCAGCGUCGGGGAAGAACGCACAUGGUAUUUGGACGCGCACAUGCAGGUGUGUGUGUGUCCUAGCAUCAGCGAGGAGAGCAUCACUGCCUAUGUGUCAGCUGGCGGAGGCGGCGGUGGUGUCGAGGGGAUGGUGCAGGUGGUGACGAGGGGACAGGUGGUCUGGGGGCUAACGAGGUCCGGGCAGCUGCUAUUCAGAAUUGGCAUCAACCCCACAAACAACAGCAACCACAACAACAACAACAACAACAACACCAACACAGGCCAGGAGUGGGGUGUGAUGGCCGGGCCAGACCCCCCCCAGCAGGGCCCCCCCGGUACCCCCGUUGUGGGCGUGGCGCUGGGGGCGGGUGGCCUGGGCUGGGUGGUGGACCGGCGGGGGCGGCUGUUCUUCAGGGAGGGAGUGUGCGACGCCUACCCCCAGGGACAGGACCUCAGGUGGUGGCAGGUUGAGACGAGCCAGUACAUGGUGGGGGAGGAGGUGGCGGUGGGGGGGGUGCUGCUGGCUGCGUCGGAGACACCACCCAUCACCGGUCACUGGUGGGAUGUGUUCAGCGAGGAGGUGUGGUCGGUGGUGUGUGCGGAGGGCCUGUACACCACCCAGGGCACACUCUGCUGCCUCUCGCCCCUUGGACAGCUCUUCCUGGUCAACCCCAACACCUCCUCCACUGUGCCCCUGGAUCCGCCGCCGCUGCCCCCAAGCACCAGCAGCACCGACAGCAGCGUGGUGGUCAGCGUGAGCCAGCGUCCGGAGGUGCUGUGGGUGGUGACGGCUGACGGCAGGGUGUUCAUCCGCGCUGGGCUGUCGGCGUCGUCACUCAUCGGCACACACUGGGACGAGUUGGACCUGACGCAGAUUGGUGACAUCCAGCUGUGCCACAUCUCCUGCGGGACGGAGGUGGUGUGGGGGGUGGACACCAGGGGGGGCGUGUACAUGCGGCAGGGCCCCCUCACCCCCUGCCUCACCCAGGCGCUGCCCCCUGCCUGGAUACAAGUGGAGCCCUCCGUGGGAACCCAUGUGGAGUUUACUAAGGUGUUUGUGGGUUCGCGCCUUCACCUGGUGUGGGCGCUGGACACCUGCCUGCGUGUGUAUGUGCGCCAGGCCAUCUUCCCCGAGCUGCCGGUGGGCCUGUCGUGGGUGCUGGUGCCGGGCCUGGCCGCCACACACCUCUCCAUCAGCGAGGACCAGGUGGUGGCCCUCACGCCGCGCGGUGAAGUGUUCCGCCGCAUGGGUGUCUCUGCCAACAACUUCAUUGGUGACGCCUGGGUGCGGGUCCCCGGCAGGCUGGCAGGGCUGUCUGUCACCACUGACAACACUCUGUGGGGCCUCAACGCCUGUGGACACCUAUGUAAACAUCACAGCAGGGAGGUGGACUGCUUCACCACCGCCUCCACCUCCACCAAUGAAGACCCCUCCACUGAUCCAGACCCUACCACCACCAUCACCACUGCUGAACGCCUCCACACCAUCUCUCUUUCCUCCGAAACUGAAGAUUGGGAGGUGCUGUGAGGAGGAGGAGGUGGUGUUGGGUGUUUUCAGCGGCUUAACACAGGAGAGAUGAGGCAGAGGAAGAAGGAAAACAAGAACAGAAACACAAUGAAGAUUAAAGAAAGAAAAUUAUAAGAAAAAGGACAAGAACAGGAAGGACAAAAACAGAAGAGGAAAAAGUGAAACAGGAACAAAAACAAACAAAGAUUAAAGAAAGAAAAUUAUAAGAAAAGACAAGAACAAGAACAGAAAAAGGACAAAAACAGAAGCUAAAAGUGAGGAAAAAGUAGAUACAGUCAUACCUCGGUUUACGAGUUUAAUUCAUCCUGAAAUUUUGCUCGCAAACCAAAAAACUAGUAAACCAAAAUGGAUUUCCCCAUUUAGAUUAAUGUGAAUCCCAUUAAUGCAUCCCAUAUCCCAAAAAUAUUACCAGAAAUGAUUUUACAUAUUAUUUUAUACAGAAUAAAAGUAAUUUUACUAACAAAUAGCAAUUUAUAUAUAGUAUAAAAUAUAUAAAUGACUACUCUAGUAUAACUUAAUAAUAUAGUCAUAAUAUAGUGCUGAAAACACAAAGAUUGCACACUGGAGCAUAAACCUAAACGUACAUGAACACGCGGCCCCGCGCUACUUCUGUGAGUGUACAAAGUGGACUGAUGGGGCGUCACACUGGGUGUUUUCCUCCUGCUGUUGGAGCAAGGAGCAGCCACAGUUGCCUGCACUCCCAACUUAGAGUGAGUUUUUGGUUUGGGUAAACACUCCUGUCCUCCCGUCCUUGAAGCCAUGAUCGUACCCACAGCCACUUCUUCCUUCACUUAACCGUAGCAACAAGUCCAUAAUUUGAGUAACAGCAGCACAAGCCUAAUAGCCCUUACUUUGCAAAUGGUGCCAUGGAGAUACAGGGAGACUGGUUUGUUUACGUUGUGAAUACAGGCAACCGACCUUGGUUGUGUGAGACACCAAGAAAAGUUGGAGUUGCCGGUUGUGCCUACCACCAACAUAGUUGUAGGAAAAAGGCCCAGUGUGACACAAGCUUCAGACCGCCUUCCCAUUGUCUUUUGCUCCGAGCGCUGUCUUGCGGCAAACAAAGGGAACCCACGCUUGCGUUUCUGCCUUGUACAAUCAGGAUGCUAUUACACCAAGGCAUUUAUAGUGAUUUUUUUUGCUUGUAAAUCAACACUCGUAAACUAAGGCACUCGUAAACCGAGGCAUUACUGUAUUUAGAUGAAGACAAAGAUAGAGGAGAAGGAGGAGAAGGUUUAUACAGGAAGAAGGGAAGAAUAUAAUGGAGAAAACCAAAGAAAACGAUAAAAAAAUGUGAUACUGUAUAAUUCCAGUGUGUGUGUGUGUGUGUGUGUGUGUGUGUACAGAGGGUUGGGUGUCUUGUUACGAUCACCUUGUUUGUUUGUUUGUGAAUCCAUAGUUUAUGAUCUUUAACAUUUAUAAUAAAGGAGUUUGAAGUUUGUUCA